AUGACCUCAAACCGGCCUCUUCUGAUCCCAUCUCCCAGAACACCCGACUCCCACCCGGCAAAACCCACCAUGGAUGUCUCCGAAAACCCAGAACCCAAUACAAGUUUGAAUAUUUCUUCUUCUUCAAGACGCAGCCUUUCUUCCUCCUCCAUUCAAUCCAAGCCGUCCAUCCGCUACGGUUCCAGAGGCGCUGAUUCCGAGGCCGCGGCGUCCCAGAAGGAGAUGAACGACGAGGAUGUGAGGAUGAUCCAUAUCAACGACACCCAUGAAAGGUUUGAGUUUUCUGGCAAUUCUAUAAGGACCACAAAGUACUCGAUCAUCACUUUCUUGCCUAGGAAUUUGUUUGAACAGUUUCAUAGAGUAGCCUAUCUCUACUUUCUAGUCAUUGCUGUGCUCAAUCAGCUCCCCCAGCUCGCUGUUUUCGGCCGGGGAGUUUCUGUUCUGCCAUUAGCGUUUGUCUUGUUAGUUACUGCUGUUAAGGAUGCCUAUGAGGACUACAGGAGGCAUCGCUCCGACCGCAUUGAGAACAAUCGUCUCGCUUCUGUUUUUGUUAACAAUCACUUUCAGUUCAAGAAGUGGAAGGAUGUGCAAGUUGGUGAGAUCAUCAGGAUUGAAGCAAAUGAGGGCAUUCCUUGUGAUAUGGUUCUGCUCUCCACCAGUGACCCCACUGGUGUUGCUUAUGUGCAGACCAUCAAUUUGGAUGGGGAGUCCAAUUUGAAGACCCGCUAUGCCAAGCAAGAAACCCUCUCCAAGUUGCCUGAAAAGGACAGGAUCACCGGGUUGAUCAAGUGUGAGAAACCCAACAGGAACAUUUAUGGAUUUCAGGCAUUCAUGGAGAUUGAUGGCAAACGACUCUCAUUAGGUCCCUCCAACAUCGUACUUCGCGGCUGUGAGCUUAAGAAUACUCAUUGGGCCCUCGGGGUGGCUGUAUAUGCUGGUCGUGAGACCAAAGUUAUGCUCAAUAGCUCCGGAGCCCCAUCCAAGAGGAGUCGUCUCGAGACCCGUAUGAACUACGAGAUCAUCACCCUCUCGCUGUUUCUUGUUGUCUUGUGUUCAAUUGUUUCUCUGUGUGCUGCUGUUUGGUUGAAGCGCGAAAAUGAUAAUUUGGAAGACAUACUUUUCUACAGGAAGAAGGACUACUCUGAAGAUAAAGUCAAGAAUUAUAAAUAUUAUGGAUGGGGAUUAGAGAUUGUUUUCACGUUCCUCAUGUCUAUUAUUGUCUUCCAGGUCAUGAUCCCCAUCUCUUUGUACAUUUCUAUGGAGCUUGUCCGGGUCGGUCAGGCUUACUUCAUGAUACGAGAUAGUCAUAUGUAUGAUGAGGCUUCUAAUGCAAGAUUCCAGUGCAGAGCUUUGAAUAUAAAUGAAGAUUUAGGACAAAUUAAGUAUGUAUUCUCCGACAAAACUGGUACACUUACCGAGAACAAAAUGGAAUUCCAAUGUGCAAGCAUUUGGGGAGUUGAUUAUAAUGGUGGGAGAGGCAGUUUGGAAAAGGACCAGUUGGAACACAAUGUUCAAAUCGAUGGAAUUGUUUUGAGGCCAAAGAUGAAGGUAAAGGCUGACCCAGAUCUUCUACGACUACUAAAAAGUGAAAAAGACACAAAUGAAGGCAAACAUGUGCACGAGUUCUUCCUUGCUUUGGCAGCUUGUAAUACUAUUGUGCCUCUAGUUACAGACUCGUCUGAUCGAAAUGUGAGAUUGAUUGAUUACCAAGGGGAGUCUCCAGAUGAACAAGCAUUAGUUUAUGCCGCCGCUGCCUAUGGUUUUAUGCUUAUUGAAAGAACGUCCGGUCAUAUAACUAUCGAUAUCCAAGGAGAAAGGCAAAGGUUCAGUGUUCUUGGUUUGCAUGAAUUUGACAGUGACCGAAAGAGAAUGUCAGUGAUAUUGGGGUGUCCUGAUAAAACCGUGAAAGUGUUUGUAAAAGGUGCUGACACUACCAUGUUCAGUGUAACAGACAAAAGGUUGAACUUGAACAUAAUACGAGCAACAGAAGCCCAUAUUCAUGCUUAUUCCUCUCUGGGUUUAAGAACACUUGUUGUGGGGAUGAGAGCAUUGACUGCUUCAGAAUUUGAGCAGUGGCACUCUUCUUUUGAAGCAGCAAGCACUGCUUUGAUUGGGAGAGCUGCUCUGCUUCGCAAGGUUGCUGGCAACAUAGAGAACAAUCUUAUCAUUUUAGGUGCCUCUGGUAUUGAAGACAAACUGCAACUAGGGGUGCCUGAAGCCAUAGAUUCUCUAAGAACUGCAGGGGUUCAGGUGUGGGUUUUGACGGGGGACAAGCAAGAAACUGCCAUAUCAAUUGGCUACUCCUCAAAGCUUCUUACAAGGAGAAUGGCCCAGGUUUUAAUUAAUAGCAGCUCUAAGGAGUCAUGUAGAAGGAGUUUGGAAGAUGCCAUACUCAUGUCUAAGAAGCUCGUGAAUGUGUCUGGCGAUGAACACAGUAUCCGAGGAAGUUCUGGAGAUGGUAUGUCUUCAGUAGCUUUAAUUAUCGAUGGUACCAGCCUUGUUUAUAUUCUUGACAGUGAACUUGAGGAAAAGCUCUUUGAAUUAGCAAAUAGAUGUUCUGUGGUGCUUUGCUGCCGAGUAGCUCCUCUGCAAAAAGCUGGAAUUGUUGCCCUUGUAAAAAACCGGACUACUGAUAUGACACUUGCCAUUGGGGAUGGUGCAAAUGAUGUUUCGAUGAUCCAAAUGGCUGAUGUUGGAGUUGGAAUCAGUGGCCAAGAGGGUCGACAAGCUGUCAUGGCUUCAGAUUUUGCAAUGGGGCAGUUUAGAUUCUUAGUUCCCCUUUUAUUGGUGCAUGGGCAUUGGAAUUACCAGCGCAUGGGCUACAUGAUAUUAUACAACUUUUAUAGGAAUGCUGUGUUUGUUCUUAUUCUGUUUUGGUAUGUGCUCUUUACUUGUUUUACACUGACAACCGCAAUCACUGAAUGGAGCAGCAUGUUAUAUUCUAUAAUCUACACUGCAGUACCUACAAUAGUUGUUGGGGUUCUUGACAAGGACCUAAGUAGAAUGACCCUCUUAACAUAUCCUCAGCUGUAUGGAGCUGGUCAUAGACAAGAGUGCUAUAACACGAAAUUAUUUUGGCUAACAAUGCUCGACACAUUGUGGCAAAGUGUGGCUGUCUUCUUUAUCCCCCUCUUUGCCUUUUGGGGUAGCACCAUCGAUACCUCAAGUAUAGGAGAUCUUUGGACUCUUUCGGUGGUUAUAUUGGUGAAUUUACACUUGGCUAUGGAUGUUAUUCGCUGGAGUUGGAUUACACAUGCAGCUAUUUGGGGAUCUAUCUUUGCAACUUGGAUUUGUGUCAUUGUGAUUGAUGCUAUACCUUCACUGGUUGGCUACUGGGCCAUUUUUGAUGUCAUGAAGACAGGACCGUUUUGGUUAUGUUUGCUUGCGAUCAUCAUAGCAGCAGUCACUCCUCGUUUUUGUGUAAAGUUUCUUUGUCAGUAUUAUAGUCCGUGUGAUGUUCAGAUUGCAAGAGAGGGGGAGAAGUUUGGCAAUUUGAGGGUGUCAAGUCCUGUACAGAUAGAAAUGAAUCCAAUCAUGGAACACCCAAGGAGAUGACAAUUAAGGUGACAUUAUUCCUUCUAGCCCUCCCUUUUUCUUUGUAAUAUAUGUUAUUCUUUAGGCUGCUUCAGAGACCGUCUCUUGGUUGCCUCAUUUUCAUUGUUUGCUAUCCGAAGGAUAGAUGUAGAGUAGUGAGUUUAUAUUAUCUGUCCCUUUGUUGUAAGUUUUGUAUCUCACAAGUCAUCAAGUGUAAUUAGCUGGACAUUGUUUAGAGGAAAUGAUUAGAAACACGUUAUACGGAACCACGAAAAGAGAUCUUCUAACUAAAGUUUCUUCGGGCUGUGUUCCCUUGAUGAGUUUAUCUGAUUCUCAGUUUCUUUGUUACCAGCUUACUUAGUACUUAAAUGAAAGUUUCUAUUGCUGGAAUCUCAUACUAUUUGAGUACUAAAAAUGGUUCUCCUACCAGUGAAGUAAACCGGUGGUUUCGGACUCCACUUGAAGCAGGAGAUUCAAUUAUUCUUCUUAUUAUUAUUUUUGUGACAGUGAAAGAGUUCAAAUUUGAAUUUGAAGCAACUUGGUAAUCCUAUUUACU